GAAAUAGCUGAUAAAAAUUACAAGUUGACACUAUAACUCAGUUAGUUGCCGUGUAUAUAUCUAUUUAAAAAUAAGAAUUUGACGACUCUAAUUGAGGAUGAAUUAGAUUUAUCAAAAUAAAAUACAUUCGAUAGAAACCCAUAUGUUUAACAUUAAACUUGCAAGUUUUUAAUAUCUAUUCAUCUUCAUGUUGACUUUAUGCCAUAACUAUUUUCGUGUUUUACCUAAUAAUAAAAACAAUAAAGAUGAUAACCAACAUAUUAGUAAAAGGAGAUACGCCUUUGGUGUGUUCAUUUUAUUAUUGGUUGUUUUACUAUGGGUAUUAUCAUCAGAGUUAACAAAGUACAUAUAUACUGAAAAGAAACUAGAAAGACCAUUUCUAGUAACCUAUGUAAGAAGUUCCUUCCUAUUUAUAUAUUUACUACUUCUUUGCUUUACACCACCAACAAGAGAUCCUUGCCGCCCAGCAGAUUACACUCAAUUAAUAGAACCUGUUGCUGAAACUGAAGAUGAACAUUAUUUUAAUGAGUCUACAAAUAGUUUAGGGGAUUCUACAUUUGUACCAGUGCGUGCUGGAGAAACCACAGAUAGUGAUGAUGCAGCCCCAAGGGCAGUGCGCUUUAACAAAGUUGCUGAAGUGCGGGUCAUGUCAGCAGCUAUGGCGGGCGAGGCGUUACUCGCUCGCCUCUCGUGGGCCGCUUCAGUGCGGGCCACUGAAUACGCGCAACGUCGGGCCGCUGCUGCUGCGACGAGACGUCAUCUCAAACUCGCCCUGAUGUUUUGUAUACCUUGGUUCAUAUCCAACUAUUUGUAUCGGCUAAGUAUUCUGCAUACGAACACGAGUUCAGCAUGCGUAUACGCUUCGACUACGGGCGCGUUCGCUUUGUCGAUCGGCGCAGUGUUUGCGCAGGCGUCCCAAGAUCAUUUCUCCUUAUCUAAAGGCGUGGCUAUACUUCUAACUGCCGCUGGCUUGGUAGUUUUAGGCGUUUCGGAGAGUCACCAAAGUAAUUGGACAGCAGUUCUAGCAGCUCUAGGCUCCGCGCUUUGUUAUGCUGUUCACCUUUUGUUAUUACGAAGAGAACUGAGGAAAGGCGACGGAAUCAAUUCCCCACUCCUAGUUGGUUUAGUGGGUUGCGCUUGCGGUUGCCUAGCAUGGGUGGCGGGCGGUGCGCUAGCGGCGGCGGGCGUGGAGAGAGCGGAACUGCCCUCGCCCAGACUAUGGACCUGGCUGCUGUUAGACGCAGCCCUAGGACCAAUAGCCAUCGAGUCACUCUGGCUACUGGGUAAAUCGUAUACAACGUCGGCUACCGCUACCAGCAUGCUCGGUCUGACGUUACCGAUGGCGGUGUGCGUGGAGGUGUACCGUGGUGCGGGGUCGUGGUGGCGCAGCGUCGCUGCGGUGUUGGCCGCGGCGGGAUGGGUGACCGCCGUGCUGGAUAUACCGCAGAUAUCGACACCGCUCACGUGGAUCACCAGCAGGUUACGGGCCGCUGAAGGAUUCACGGCUAUAAGAAACAUAUCUGAUUUAGAUGAACAGUCUGAAGCACUAAUGUCGUCUGACGAGCCGACGUAACGGCCCGCUAGAGGGCGCGACGAGAAUCGCUUUAUACUGCACCUAUUAAUCUAAGCUCACGAGCAAACAAAAUAAAGUUGAGUUCACAGUGCACCUUAAAUAUGUACUUGAAGUACCUUAACAGUCAAGGUAUUGUAAAACAGAUUGUUCUACAUUCGUAUUAAUACGAUAUAUUCUAGAUAAAGGUGAUUAGAUCUCAAUAUGAAAAUUCUACUACGAUAUCUUCAUCACAAAAUUAAUGAAAAUAGUUUAAAUGUUGUAAAAAAAACAGGCCAAAUGCAAGUUACAAUUGCACACGAAGGGUUGCGUACCAUUAUAUGAAUAAACAAAAUUUAAAAAAAUCAUUUCUUGUAUGAGAGCACCCCUUAACAAUUUAUUUUAUUCUGUUUUUUGUAUUUGUCGAUAAAGCGGCACCAGAAAUACAUCAUCUAUGAAAGUUCUCCUGUUUAGCUAUCACGGUUUAUGAGACACAGCCUGGUGAUAGACAGACAGACAACGGAGUCUUAGCAAUAUGCUCUUUUUUGUCUGUUAGAUACGGAACUCUGAAAAUAACAAACAGUAAUCUGAAUUUUUAUGAAUACACAUUUUUAUAUUGAUGUUAAUUGUUGUGUACAUUAUUUAUUACUAAAAUAUUAAUUGUGUACAAUAGUUCAGUGUGUAUUAGUUUUAUGUAUAAAUUGUGUAUACAGUGUGCACCGAGUUUUGUGUGAACAGACACUAUUACUAGUCUAUCUUAUGAUUAGCAUUUAUGAAAAGUGAAUAAAAUUAGUUUAUCGUAAAUAUAGUGUCGACCAUUCCAUAGUGUUUAGUAUUAUAUAACUACUUUACUGUAAGUUGCACAAACGUCCAUUAAGGUCUAAUGAUGCCUUUAAAGCACUUAUGAAUGUCAAAUUUGUAUGGGUAAUGGCGCUUUAAACUAAUGAAAACUUUAAUGGACAUUUGUGCAACUGGCUGUUAGUGCAAUACGAGUCAAGAUAAAUCUUGUAUACAUAAAUAUGAAUGUCACGUACAAGUAAAUAUAAUUAUCACUGUUAAUUCUUGGAUAAGCAUUGUAAUCGUUUCUUUGUGUGCAUAAUUAAUAAUAAAUUAAUGACUAAUUCAGUUGCUCUGACUAAAAUGUUUUAACAUAUUACUGCGAGAUUUUUACAGUUUUCAAGUCGGUCUGAUAUUCGGUAGUCUAAUUUUUUAAUUUUAAAUCUAUUGUAUUCCCAUACAAUUCGACAUAUAAAAGAUGUUUACGCAUAUUUGACUUAUGAUACUAAUUGCGAUCGCUAAGUCUAUUUAGAAAUAUAUUUAAUGGAUGAUAUCGUUUAUUUGACGUUAUUUAGAAAUGUCUAAUGCAAGCGUUAGACGCAAAUAUUUUUGAAAUAUUAAACGAAAGAGUUAAAUGCUAAAGAUUCAACAUUCGUCACAAAAACAACUGCGACUUUAAACGUUACAUAAUUCCAUAAAUCUCUUAUUACAAUCGCUGUACCUUUGAAAGGGGUCGCGAUAGAUUUUAAAAUAGACUACUAGCCGCAAGUAUGAAUUGAGAACAUCUUGCUCGAUUAAAAAGUAAGUUUUUGAAAUGACAAUACUUCAUUUUUCACUCUAGCGGUGCCUUCUCAUCUCUAACUUAGGGUUGUACAAACGCGUUUUCUAUCGUAAUUUAUCAAAUGUAUGUUAAUGGUAGUUUAUUGUGUGUAAAUAAUCAUUGUUAAUAUUACUCUUAUACAAUCAUGUUCUAAAUUACACAAACUGACAACUCUUAAAAAGUGUUAUUGACUCGUUUCAAAACUGUCCUCUGAUAAAACGGGAAAUUGUUGUAAUUUAAAAUGCUUAGACGGGCCAUUUGAAAAGCUAUAAGGUUUUAAAAUAGGGCAAUUGAAAUUAUUGGAGUGAUCCUCAUAUAGGUAGCCAUUAUUUGAUGCAGUUUGUUAAUGUUAAAUGCUUUGUUUAUUAAUUCUUAUUUUCGCACAGUUUGUGACAUAGAUUACGUUAAUGUAGUAAAAUGCAUUCCGCAGUUAUAAUAUCGCCAUUUGGAUCGAAGUAUUUGUUAAAUUUAUAGAUCUGCAAUUAAAUGUACUUAACUGAAAACUGUAUGACGGUUAGAAAUUAUAUUAUAAUUAUAUUUGUCGACAUGAAUACAUACCGCACUUUGUUACAACUCAAAUCUAACUUAUGUUUAUUUAAUUCUUGUUUAUUUGCGGCUGUAACCUAUCGCUCUAAGUAUAAUUAUUUCUAUUUACAAUAUGAAUGAUACAGUAUUAUUGUAAGUGAAUUAUUUAUGUUACGAGAUUUGUGGCAAUAGAUUUUAUAUUACUAG